UGUGUCCUCGCGGCGCGUGUUCUCGCGAUGGUGGAGGCCUGGUACCUGCUGGAGGAGGGGGAGGGGCCCGGGCCCAGCGUGGGCCUCAGCGCCCUCAGGAAACUCGGCGUCUGCUACUGGAAGCUGGAUGCCGACAAGUACGAGAACGACCCGGAGCUGGAAAGGAUUCGCAAAGAGAAGAACUAUGGCUGGAUGGAUAUCAUCACCAUAUCCAAAGAGAAACUGCCCAAUUACGAGGAAAAGCUGAAGAUGUUUUACGAGGAGCACCUGCACCGGGACGACGAAAUCCGCUACGUCCUGGACGGCGGCGGCUACUUCGACGUGCGCGACGGAGCCGACCGCUGGGUCCGCAUCGCCGUGGGCAAGGGGGACCUGAUCACGCUGCCCGCCGGCAUGUACCAUCGCUUCGCCCUGGAUCGGAGGGCCUACGUGAAGGUCAUGCGGCUGUUCGUGGGGGAGCCCGUGUGGACGGCCUACAACCGGCCCGCCGACCACUUGGAAGCCCGCGCCCAGUACGUGCAGUUCCUGGCGCGGAGCGUUUAGCGGGGACGACGCGGGACCGGCUGCGGCACGGCGGGUCCGCUUAAGGACGAUGGCAUUUACUAAUCAAUUAAUCAAUCAAUCAAUCAGUCGUAUUCAUUGAGCGCUUACUGCCUGCAGAG